AUGAGGAUUUCAUCAAAAUUGACUUUGGCUUUAGCUGCCUUAUUACCUGCUCUCACUUCGGUAGUAGCUAGUGAUGUAUUAGAUUUAGCAGAGGACACGUUCAAGGGAGAAGUCUUCGAUCAAGAUUUGGCCUUGGUAGAAUUCUUCGCACCUUGGUGUGGACAUUGUAAGAACCUUGCACCUCAUUAUGAGGAAGCGGCGACUGAGCUUCAAAAGAAAGGUAUCAAGCUUGCCAAGGUCGAUUGUACUGAACACCAAAACUUAUGUCAAGAAUACGGUGUAAAUGGUUACCCAACUCUCAAGGUGUUCAGAAAUGGUACACCCGCAGAUUAUUCCGGACCUAGAAAAGCAGAUGGAAUCAUCAGUUACAUGAUCAAACAAUCACUUCCUGCUGUUUCCGAUGUCACCUCUUCCUCUCACGCAGAGUUCAUCAAAUCCGACAAGGUCGUCCUCGUCGCAUACGGUGAUGCUUCUCAUCCUGUUCCUUCAGCUUAUUCCGAGUUGGCCAACUCUGCAAGAGAUACCUAUCUCUUCGGACAAUACACCGAUUCAUCCCUCCCUUCCAUCCCCGAAUCACCUUCAUUACCUGCCAUUGUCCUGUACAAAAGCUUCGAUGAAGGACACAGCGUUUUCCCCGCGAGUGAAAUCGGAAACUUGGAUUCUGAACCUGGAUUAUUACAAGAAUUCAUCAAGAUAAACUCUGUUCCAUUAUUAGAUGAGAUUUCACCUGAAAACUUUGGUACAUAUGCGGAACAAGGGUUACCCAUCGCAUAUCUUUUCGCUGAUCCAUCAGAAUCUGAAUCAAGAGAUAAAUUAAUCGAAGAAAUCAAACCUGUGGCCAAGGCAAACAAAGGUAAAAUCAACUUUGUCUUCAUUGACGCUAUCAAAUUCAUUGAUCACGGGAAAUCAUUGAAUUUACCUGGUGAUUCAUGGCCAGCAUUCGUCAUUCAAGAUUUAGCAGCACAAACUAAAUUCCCUUUAACCGAACCACCUUCUGGUAAAUCCAUCAAGACUUUCGUAGAGAAAUUCGUCAAAGGCGAAAUCAAAGCUUCAACCAAAUCCGCUCCUAUACCUGCAACUCAAAACGAACCUGUAUACACACUUGUAGCGGAUGAUUGGGACAACCUGUUCGGUGAUGAGAAGAAAGAUGUUUUCGCUGAAUUCUACGCUCCUUGGUGUGGACACUGUCAACGACUCGCUCCUAUCUGGGACACUCUUGGUGAGAAAUACACAGCUGACUCCAAUAUCGUCAUCGCUAAGAUGGACGCCACCGAGAAUGAUAUCCCUCCUGCCGCACCAUUCAGAGUACAAGGAUUCCCAACAUUGAAGUUCAAGGCUGCAGGUUCAUCUGAAUUUAUCGAUUACAACGGUGAUCGAAGUUUCGACUCUUUGGUUGAAUUCGUUGAAACUCAUAAGAAAUCAACGUCAGGUGGUAACUCCACCACUGGCGAUGACGAUGAAGAAGUAUGGGAGGACGAAGAUGCCCCUGAGCAUGAUGAGCUUUAG